AACACUCUUAUUGCAAUGUAAAUUGUUUAUAGCUUAUAGUAUUGUCAUUAAAAAGAAGCAGAGCUAACCCGCGCAUUAAAUUUAAAAAAAAUUCAUGCUAGUUCUGAAUUAUAAAAUUAAAAAUGGAUUUUAACAGUUUGUUAGCUCAAGCACAAAAAUUAACAAAUGAAAUUCAAAGCGAAGAUCUUCCUAGAGUUGAAAGAACCAUACCACAGGUUCUACAAGCUACUCAAGAACUACAUUCUCGUGUUACACAGACACAAGAUAUACAGGAUAUCCAAGCUCAUAUUUUGCUGGGAUCAAAAGGGAUUGAUCUUCCGAAAAUUUCUCAAAAAUUGGAAACAUUGAGUGCGCGUAAGACAUUUGAACCAUUGGACCCUAUCACAGAUACGGACAUACAAAGUUUUUUAAAAAAUGAAAGAGAAAAUGCAAUUUUAUCAGUUAUUGAGGAGGUACAUAAAAAUUCUUUUCAAACAGCACAAAAACAAAAAUGGGAACAUAUAAAAGCUGAUUGGAGACAAGAAAAAGUUAAACUAUUAAAUGCGUUAGUUGGACCUUCCCAGAACUGGAUCGAUAUUCAAAAAAUACCAGAACAAACCGUUUUAAAUGAAACCUCUCUUGGUGCAAAAUCUUGUUUGGACCGAAUUGAAAUGGCGUAUGCUAGAGAAGUGUUCGAUUACAAUAAACUGGUAAUAGAAGGAGUCUUAAGACCAAAUUUAGUUCAGAAAUUUGGGAAAAUUGUGGAGACCUUUAAUGAUGCCAAAAUCACCGAAAUGUGGGAAAUAAUGAAGUAUAUGGUAAAUGUUGGCCCUUUAUCUAGAAAUAGAGAUCCAAUAAAAAGUCGUUCUCAAAUGACACAAUUUAUAGAACAAGCGAAAAAAUAUUUGGAAAACCGUUAUAAAUUAUACAUGUCUACAGUUAUAUCUGGAAAUUUACGCGAAGCUCAACGUGGCGGAGUUCCAAGUAUUUUUAAUUUAGUUUCUUCAUUUGUAAGUUUAACAUUCAAUCAGAAUAAUAGUUUUGGCCUCCAAGAUGGUUUAAUCGAGGGUAAACCUCUAUGGCCAAUGAUUUAUUAUUGCUUACGAUGUGGUGAUAUUGCCGCAGCGUUGAAAUGCAUGCAAAUGUCAUGUGCCGGGCAAGAAGAUUUUAUGCAAGCCUUAGAAGAUAAACUCCAUAAGCCAGAACAAAAAUUAAAUUCUAAACUUGAAAAUCAAUUAAAACUUCUGUACUGCAACAAAAUAAAAAAUUCAACAGAUCCCUACAAAAAAGCAGUUUACUGCAUAAUUGCUGGAUGCGAUAUAUCUGAACAGCAUUUGGAAGUUGCAAAAACGACUGACGACUUUCUAUGGAUUCAGCUUUCGCUACUUAGAUCGGAAUCAAGUGAUAAUACUGAAAUUUUAACGUACUCUGGAUUACAAACAAUGAUUUUGGAAAAGUACGGCGAAAAGCAUUUUAAUGCCGCAGAUCAAAGGCAUUUGUACUUUCAAGUAUUAGCUCUAACUGGCCAGUUUGAAGCAGCAAUCGAAUUUCUAUCAAGAACUGAAAAAUAUAGGACGCAUGCAGUUCAUAUGGCUCUAGCUUUAAAUGAACUGUGCAUGAUAGGAGGACCAAGAAAUGUACAAGAACCGUUAUUAUCUGUUGAUAUUGAGGAUCCUAUACCGAUGAGAAGAUUGAACAUAGCUCGACUAAUAAUGUUGUAUGUUAAAAAAUUUGAAAUCACAAAUCCAGCAGAGGCAAUGCAAUAUUUUUACUUCCUAAGAAAUAUGAAGGAUCCUGAAGGUAGAAACUUAUUUCUCCUCUGUGUUUCUGAUUUAGCCAUUGAAUGCAGAGAUUAUGAUUUAAUAUUCGGAAAAGUGCAACCAAAUGGCAUUCGAUCACGUGGACUUUUUGAUCAGUUUGAGAGUAUAGAAUUCGACUCUAAACAAGCUGCGAAAAUGGUAGCUGAAGAAUUGGUUAAGAAGGGAAUGUUUGAAGAUGCAGUGAAAUUAUUUGAUAUUGCUGCUGAUUAUGAACAUGCUUUACGUUAUACUUCCGUUUUACUCUCUCAAGUUGUACACCAAAUAACUAAAAAAGGUUCUCUAAGAGAACGUUUACAAAUUGUGGCAUCUGAUUUUAAUGAAAGACUUGAGGGAACUGAAUUUAAUUGUGAUCCACAAGUUUUAAAUACAUUUUGUUUAUUAACUAAAUUGAUGUCAUUCUUUGAUUAUUAUCACGAAAAAAAUUAUCAGUUAGCGUUGGAAGUUUUAGCAGAUAUAAACGUAGUUCCAUUAUCUAUGAAUGAUUUAGAAAGCUGUGUUAAUAAUUUUAAACGUUUGAGUGGAGAAGUUUGUAAAGUUUAUCCUGACAUAUUGUUAGCAACAAUGGAUAUUCUACACAUUGAAUAUAAAAAAAUAAAAGGAAAUAAUGCAUCUUAUAUUGACAAAGGAAGAGAUAAGCAACUACAACAUCUAAGAGAGAAAGCUAAAGCUCUAACUAGUAUGGCCGGAAUAGUUCCAUAUAGAAUGCCUGGAGAUACAAAUAGUCGUUUAGUACAAAUUGAAAUAUUAAUGAACUGAUUGUACAAGAAAAAUAAUAAAAAAAAAUUAUUUGCAUUUUUCCUUUUUUAAAUAA